GCUGCAUCAACUCAAAAUGAGGCUGCAUCUUAUACCACUGGUUGGACUCCUUGCACUGAUUAUGGCCCAAUCCCAAGUACUCCUACCGGGACUUCGCGUGCGACAGGUUCCCGUGCUCGAAAUGGGCCAGAUUCCAGUGGUGCAGUACCUGGACGCGGCCUCCACAGUCACUCCAGAGCUGGUAAAGGAUCAGUUCAGCAGGCGAUUCACUACGCUGGCCAAACCCUUGGUCAGUGGUGCUGCUCCCCAAACCAGUCUCCCAAAUUUGUAAUUUAUUGUUACCGCCUAAGAGUCCAUUUGAUAAGCGAAUAUAUACAUAAAUAUUAAAGUUACGUCUUUAUGCCAUUAACUCUAGUUGCUAAAUAACCUUGUAACCUACUUUAAAUUGUACUUAAUCUAUUAAGAAAGAACUUUAAAAUCGGGUAAAAUUACCAACACGCACAGUUGGUGGUAUGCAUACACAUUUUAAUAUCGAAUAGAAACAAAAUAUUCCCAACAUCCUGACCUUUAAACAAGAGAAUAUCAGGAUCCUCGAAUAUUAGAGCAACAAAAUUGGUCACGAUUAAGACCACAGAAGUUUGUGUUAACGUGGGAUCUUAAAUUGACUACAAUAGCUCGAAUUUAAAAAUAAAUUGUGCCUAAUCUUAUAGAGUAUUGAAAUCGCGUUAGUAAUUAUAAGGACUGCCCGUUUACGUGCUGGCUAAUAAUAUAAAUAUUUCGAAAAAGUCAUAUAUCCAGUACCAGUCCUUCUGGCAGAGCCACCUGUUCUUCCAGUCGAAUUUGGACAACGUCUGACUGUGACGCAGUUCACCAACGAGACUUCUUCGAACGACUUGUUACUGCAAGACUGCUCCAUGGUGCAAGACUUGCGAUAUUUUAUGUCGAGUUUAUUCAUUCGGAUUAUAUGGAUCUCUCUGAAGUUCUCUGACUAUCGCGUAAAUGACAAUUAGAACAACUAGAAACCAUCGACAAAGGAAGAAACCAAUAUCCAAGCGAUGAGCUUUAGAAAUUGUGUAAUUCCAACAGCUCAGAUAAGUUGGCUAACUUGGCUGUUAUGCAAGUUAAAGUAUCUGAUACUCGCCAUCGGUCGCUUGCUACCAUGGAAUCAUCUGCUAGAUCAGACACGAUGAUCCUGCAUCUCGUUUGAUCCUGCAAGCGGGAUACAACGAAACAGCACCCCAAGCUCGGUGGUGGAGAAAACGAAAGACACGAUUCGAGAAACUACAACCCAUCCACCGAAGUUGGGCAAUCUAGCCCACAAUCGAAGCGGAUGGUUAAACUGCAGCAUUAUCUAGCUUACCCGAGGACAAUAGCACACUGGGAGCCAUAAGAAAGAACUCUCCAAUGCCAGGAAAACUUCGAGCAUUCAUCCAUUUUCACGAAUUGGUGGUGGUGCAAUACUGC